AAGAAGCUAUCUCUAAAGAUAUUAUAGAUCAAACUUUAAAAACUUACCUUAUCAAGAAACAUCGGAUUAUGCCUACAUUUUAUAUACUACCUAAGAUCCACAAGAGGCUAGUAGAUCCUACGGGUAGACCGAUAGUGGCCAAUAGUGAGUCUGCACUUCAGCCACUUUCGGUCUUCGUGGAUAGAAUGCUACAGCCUUUUGUCA